ACCGCACUUUGCUCACGGCGACGACGGUUUUGGGUUACAAGAGGCAAUCACGCCAGACGCAACGGAGCGCUCUACCCCUCUCAUUCCCACUUGACUGUUUGGUCCUCGCUCUCCGGCGUAUUCUCCGGAUCUCUCGUCAUGUCGCGGCCAGAAGACACCCUAUCUGCCGACGUGCACUAUAACGAUGUCGAGGCGCGCAAGUACACGACUUCAUCACGGAUACAAAACAUCCAGGCAUCGAUGACUCAUCGUGCUCUGGAAUUACUCGACCUCCCUGGCCCGUCCUUCAUUCUCGAUGUUGGCUGCGGCAGCGGUCUCUCCGGCGAGAUCCUCUCGGGACUCAGUGAGGAGGAAGGCGGUCCCCAUGUAUGGGUGGGAAUGGAUGUCUCCGCUUCUAUGCUUGAUGUGGCCUUACAGAGAGACGUGGAGGGCGACCUGCUUCUGGCCGACAUCGGCCAAGGAGUCCCGUUCCGAGCUGGUUCCUUCGAUGCCGCGAUCAGCAUCAGUGCCAUCCAAUGGCUCUGUAACGCGGAAACUAGCGAUGUGUCGCCCUUGGGCCGAUUCUCGCGAUUUUUCAAUGGCCUGUACGCCAGUCUUAAACGUGGUGGGCGCGCGGUGUGUCAGUUCUACCCCAAGAACGACGAGCAGAAGAAGAUGAUUACGGGCGCCGCAGUCAAGGCUGGAUUUGGAGCCGGUCUCCUGGAGGAUGACCCCGAGACCAAGAACGUCAAGGUCUACCUCGUCCUUACCGUUGGUGGUGGCAACAUUGAAGGAAAUGGUGGUGAUAUCACAGGCGUCGUCAAGGGCAUGGACGAUGUCGACGUCCUUGACGGCCGGCAGCAACGGACCAGUGGCAAGGGCGAUAUCAAAAAAGGCAGCAAGGCAUGGAUUGUGCGCAAGAAAGAGCAGAUGGAGCGCAAGGGCAAGGUUGUGAAGGCGACCUCGAAAUACACUGGGCGGAAGCGGAGGAUACAGUUUUGAAGCCACGAAGAUAUCCCCUGCAUCUCACGGCGUUCUGGAGUCUUUAUUUUUGACAAUACCAAUCUCAUUCCUUACUGAUGGAC